AUGCCCGACCACCAGUAUACAUUGACCUAUGAUUACAUUAGUUCAUUUCACGAAGAGUGGACAUUUCUGCUUCAGUUGCGUUGGACUAAGGUCAAAGCUCUUUAUAUCAUUGCACGAUACGUCCCCUUUUCCCUCGUCACUGCAGACCUAUAUAUGAUCUUCGCCCCAAACAAGGAUGCUGAUGCUAAAUGCUGGAUGUUGAUGAAUAUUUACUCAUGUCUUGGGGUGGUAUCACUCACUUUCUCUGAAUCCAUGCUGUUCACCCUCUUUGCUAUCACUGUAUCAUUCAUCGGCUUUUGGUUUGCAACCUCUGAUGCUACAACUAGCACGAUCUCAGGAACUGUAGGCUGCUCCUGGAACAUGCACAUUAUUCAUUUCUCCAUGCCAUUUCUUCCCUCAUUUGUGUUUGCACUAGGAUUGUUCUUCCUCGCACUCAUAUGUGUCAUACAGAGCUGGCGGACAGCCAGGGGCCCUCUGGGCGCCAUCCUGGUGCAACACAAUAUGUUUUACUACACAUGCAGUUUGUCCAUGAACGACCUCACCCCAGUGCUGUUUUCCUAUGUUGUGAGUGAACCAUAUACCCUUCAACAUGAUUACACCAUCAAUGUUCUGCACGCCCAGACCGCAAACUUCCUCGAACAGUCUUUAUCCUUGCAAUACUCACCACAUGCAUGCACCUCCAUCUCUGGCAUGACUAACUGGCAUGUGAACGACCCCGAAGCCCUAUGUAUUUCCAUGUCCGACAUGUUACCUGCAGACCGUACGGUGUAA